AGCCCGAGCUCGCUCCUGCGCGCGCGCUCUCCCGGGCCCAAGUGAAUAGUCCUCGCGCGAGCGGGACACGGUGGUGGAUGCAAUUCCGCUCCCUUACUGCCGCCAGGAGCUCCCUGGCGCCGCAGGCAGCGUCCUCCUCCGAAGCAGCUGCGUCUGCACCUGGGCAGCCUGGACCUUCGUGCCCUGCCCCCGGGGCCUCGCGCGGGGGGCGCCCCGGGACACCUCCUGAGGGCCGGGUGGAGGAGGAAGAGGAGGAGGAAGAAGACGUGGACCGGGACCCCUAUACGCAGGACACCUGGUCCCGCUGCUGUCAUUUCUCUUUAAGUGGGAGAAGAGAGCCGGGGAGAGCCAUGGGGGGCUGCGAAGUCCGGGAAUUUCUUUUGCAAUUUGGUUUCUUUUUGCCUUUGCUGACAGCUUGGCCAGGCGACUGCAGUCACGUCUCCAACAACCAAGUUGUGUUGCUUGAUACAACAACUGUGCUGGGAGAGCUAGGAUGGAAAACAUAUCCAUUAAAUGGGUGGGAUGCCAUCACUGAAAUGGAUGAACACAAUAGGCCCAUUCACACGUACCAGGUAUGCAAUGUAAUGGAACCAAACCAAAACAACUGGCUUCGUACAAACUGGAUCUCCCGCGACGCAGCUCAGAAAAUUUAUGUGGAAAUGAAGUUUACAUUAAGGGAUUGUAACAGCAUCCCAUGGGUUUUGGGGACUUGCAAAGAAACAUUUAAUCUGUAUUAUGUGGAAUCAGAUGAGUCCCAUGGAAUUAAAUUCAAGCCAAGCCAGUAUACAAAGAUUGACACAAUUGCUGCUGAUGAAAGUUUUACCCAGAUGGAUUUGGGUGAUCGUAUCCUGAAGCUAAACACGGAAAUUCGUGAGGUGGGUCCUAUAGAAAGGAAAGGAUUUUAUUUGGCUUUUCAAGAUAUUGGGGCAUGCAUCGCCUUGGUCUCUGUCCGUGUUUUCUACAAAAAAUGCCCCUUCACUGUUCGUAACUUGGCUAUGUUUCCUGACACCAUCCCAAGGGUUGAUUCUUCUUCUUUGGUUGAAGUAAGGGGUUCUUGUGUGAAGAGUGCAGAAGAGCGUGACACUCCUAAACUAUAUUGUGGAGCUGAUGGAGAUUGGCUGGUUCCUCUUGGAAGGUGUAUCUGCAGUACAGGAUAUGAAGAAAUUGAAGGUUCUUGUCACGCUUGCAGACCAGGAUUCUAUAAAGCAUUUGCUGGGAACACAAAAUGUUCUAAGUGCCCUCCACACAGUUUAACUUACAUGGAAGCAACUUCUGUCUGUCAGUGUGAAAAAGGUUACUUCCGAGCUGAAAAAGACCCACCUUCCAUGGCAUGUACCAGGCCACCUUCAGCUCCUAGGAAUGUGGCUUUUAACAUCAAUGAAACAGCCCUUAUUUUGGAAUGGAGCCCACCAAGUGACACAGGAGGGAGAAAAGAUCUCACAUACAGUGUAAUCUGUAAGAAAUGUGGCUUAGAUACCAGCCAGUGUGAGGACUGUGGUGGAGGACUCCGCUUCAUCCCAAGACAUUCUGGCCUCAUCAACAAUUCCGUGAUAGUACUUGACUUUGUGUCUCACGUGAAUUACACCUUUGAAAUAGAAGCCAUGAAUGGAGUUUCUGAGUUGAGUUUUUCUCCCAAGCCAUUCACAGCUAUUACAGUGACCACGGAUCAAGAUGCACCUUCCCUGAUAGGUGUGGUAAGGAAGGACUGGGCAUCCCAAAAUAGCAUUGCCCUAUCAUGGCAAGCACCUGCUUUUUCCAAUGGAGCCAUUCUGGACUACGAGAUCAAGUACUAUGAGAAAGUCUACCCACGGAUAGCGCCGGCAUUUUGGCACUACCUGCGGGUAGAAGAGCAUGAGCAGCUCACCUAUUCCUCCACGAGGUCCAAGGCGCCCAGUGUCAUCAUCACAGGCCUCAAGCCAGCCACCAAGUACAUAUUUCAUAUCCGAGUGAGGACUGCAACAGGAUACAGUGGCUAUAGCCAGAAGUUUGAAUUUGAAACAGGAGAUGAGACUUCUGACAUGGCGGCUGAACAGGGACAGAUUCUCGUGAUAGCCACCGCAGCUGUUGGGGGAUUUACUCUCCUCGUCAUUCUUACUUUGUUCUUCUUAAUCACUGGGAGGUGCCAAUGGUACAUCAAAGCUAAAAUGAAGUCAGAAGAGAAGAGGAGAAACCACUUACAGCAGAAUGGGCAUUUACGCUUCCCAGGAAUUAAAACUUACAUAGAUCCAGAUACAUAUGAAGACCCAUCCCUAGCAGUUCAUGAAUUUGCAAAGGAGAUUGAUCCCUCAAGAAUUCGCAUUGAGAGAGUCAUUGGGGCAGGAGAAUUUGGAGAAGUCUGUAGUGGGCGAUUGAAGACACCAGGGAAAAGAGAGAUCCCCGUUGCCAUCAAAACUUUGAAAGGUGGCCACAUGGAUCGACAAAGAAGAGAUUUUCUAAGAGAAGCUAGUAUCAUGGGUCAGUUUGACCACCCAAAUAUCAUUCGACUGGAAGGUGUUGUCACAAAAAGAUCCUUCCCGGCCAUUGGGGUGGAGGCGUUUUGCCCCAGCUUCCUGAGGGCAGGGUUUUUAAAUAGCAUCCAGGCCCCGCAUCCAGUGCCAGGGGGAGGAUCUCUGCCCCCCAGGAUUCCUGCUGGCAGACCAGUAAUGAUUGUGGUGGAAUAUAUGGAGAAUGGAUCCCUAGACUCCUUUUUGCGGAAACAUGAUGGCCAUUUCACAGUCAUCCAGUUGGUCGGUAUGCUCCGAGGCAUUGCAUCAGGAAUGAAGUAUCUUUCUGAUAUGGGCUAUGUUCAUCGUGAUCUAGCAGCUAGGAAUAUAUUGGUCAACAGCAACUUAGUAUGCAAAGUUUCCGAUUUUGGUCUCUCCCGGGUACUGGAAGAUGAUCCAGAGGCUGCUUAUACAACAACUGGUGGGAAAAUUCCGAUAAGGUGGACAGCCCCAGAAGCUAUUGCCUAUAGAAAGUUCUCCUCGGCAAGUGACGCAUGGAGCUAUGGCAUUGUCAUGUGGGAGGUCAUGUCCUACGGAGAGAGACCUUAUUGGGAAAUGUCUAAUCAAGAUGUCAUUCUGUCCAUUGAAGAAGGCUAUAGACUUCCGGCUCCCAUGGGCUGUCCAGCAUCUCUACACCAGCUAAUGCUCCAUUGCUGGCAGAAGGAGAGAAACCACAGACCAAAAUUUACUGACAUUGUCAGCUUCCUUGACAAACUGAUCCGCAAUCCCAGUGCCCUUCACACCCUGGUGGAGGACAUCCUUGUGGUUAAUGGACCCCACAGCCAGUGCCCAUCAACAGAGCUCUCUAACUGUUCUAUGGCUGUAGAAGCAGGCAGAAUGCCAGAAUCUCCUGGUGAAGUUCCCGAAUAUCCUUUGUUUGUCACAGUUGGUGACUGGCUGGAUUCUAUAAAGAUGGGACAAUAUAAGAAUAACUUCAUGGCAGCAGGGUUUACGACUUUUGACCUGAUUUCAAGAAUGAGCAUUGAUGAUAUUAGAAGAAUUGGAGUCAUACUCAUUGGACACCAGAGACGAAUAGUCAGCAGUAUCCAAACUUUACGUUUACACAUGAUGCACAUACAAGAGAAAGGAUUUCAUGUAUGAAAGUACUACAAGCACUUGUGUUUUGUGCCUCAGCAUUUCUAAAGUGAAAGAUAUCCUCUCUACUACCCUCUCUUCCGAUUCUCCAAACAUCACUUCACAAACUGCAGUCUCCUGUUCAGACAAUGGGCACACACCUUUUGUUUAUGCUUCCAACCCGGAUUUUAAAAUCACGCCUCAUAGCUCCUCUCUGAGUUACCUGCAAAUGAAACCCUGGCCCACUGCAGAUUACCACUACACAAUGGUAAAUAACUCAGCAUGGAUGUGCAACUUUGUACAACAGUAUUU